AUAUAACUAGUCUGAAUAAAAUGGAUUCGGAAGAUGGACCGGUCGCGAAAAUCACGGAUAAAGAUGUCGAUAUAUCUAGAAUUGAGGCGUUGGUAACACCCGAACAAGUUUUAAGUGCGAAUGUGGCAAGAAAAAGAAGAAACCUAACAAGAAAUCAGUCCUUAAACACCAGAAGAAACCGAGCACAAACUCCAGUCAGGGAUAUGUCAGCUGAUAAUGGCGAAUCCGAUGCAGAAUCUGUCAAAAAACGCCCGAAAACUCCCGAAAGACCACGUCGAAAAACGAGAUCCAUCGAAAGGAAUGGUUUGUCAACAAAUUCAUCGCUCAAAAGUGAACCAUUAACAAACACCAAAGGACACGAAGGUAGGGAGCUUUCACCCAGAAACUUCUUAGAAGACCUCAAAGAUAAGACUGGAAAUUUCGCUGAAAUUGCCCAAAACGAACUUAACGGUCUCCUUAGCAAAACAAAGAAAGGCAUUACAUCAAUGACUGACCAUAGUCGUAGAUUCAGAAAGAAAAAAUCAAGAGAAGAGACUCAACGCAGCCAAUCAGUUCCUUAUCAAUUCACAGAAGAAGAACUGAUGGCUAGUUUGAGGAGAAAUAAUAUGAUAAACGGGGUGCAAAAGAGCUCAUCUUUCAGGAGAUUAUCCGAUUGUAGUCAAACAUCUGACAGUCCUGAGAUUGACAGACCAAAAACGAAAACAUUCAGACCAGAAGUACACGAACUAAUUCGAAAACGUCGAAAAAUAAAAUCGAAAACCGAAUCUAACAUUUCAAAUAAAAUAAUAGAAGUACUAGAUCCAAAAACCAAAGAUAUAGUAUGCACCAAAACAAUAAUAAAAGGACAUGUUGGACUGAAGGAGCUAUUCAUUGUACUGAAAACAUUCAAAAUAAUCGAGAUCAGUAGGGAAUACAGGAAAUAUAAGGAAGAAAUGAAACUUGAAAUACGGAGGAUCAAAAUUUUAAGAAAUAGAUGUUUCAACGAAUUGUUUGUUGUUAUUCUAUUCUGUGGUAUAGGUGGAUUCAUUUUUAAAUUUACUGAAGGGGCUUUUGAAAACUUUUACAAGUGUGGAGUGAAAAGAGUUAAAAGAGACUUUAUAGAUCUUUUAUGGAUAAGAAGUCAUAGUAUGAGGGAAGACGAAUGGAAAUCGCUUGCGAGGAACAGACUUAGGGUUUUUGAAGAAGAGUUACAUACUGCUCAUGAGGCUGGAAUGACUAGUUACAGUGGUCAGAGAUCAUGGAGUUUUCUGAAUGGCAUUGUAUAUAGUAUAACUGUAAUAUCAACCAUAGGAUAUGGACACAUAUAUCCUACCACCAUGACAGGUCGAGCCAUAACUAUAGUUUAUUCAUUGAUAGGAAUACCUCUGUUCCUUCUAGCUCUAACCGAUUUCGGUAAACUCUUCACUAGGUGCAUAAAAUUUUUAUGGUCUUUUGUACGAAGGUUGUAUUACACUGGGAGCUGCAGGAGUGUUAGAAAACAAGCUCAAGUUCAGGAAAUAUUCAAAGGAGCCCAGAUGAUGUAUGAGACCUUCAGACGUCCUUCAGCCAUUUGGGAUCCGGAAAACCCUGUAGCAGUAGCUACACCGCAAGAAACACCAACUACACCAGCACUAUCAAACUUCGAGAUAGACGAUCAGUUCAACUUGCCAAUUUCCGUAGCCAUAUUCAUCUUGCUCAUGUAUAUAUUUUUUGGGGCUUUCUUCUACGGGUUUAUGGAAGGUUGGAACUUCUUUCAAUCGUUUUAUUUCGUCUUCAUUUCGAUGUCCACGAUAGGUUUUGGUGAUAUGGUGCCAAAUAACCCGCUAUGUACAAUUAUUUCAAUAGUUUACCUCGUCUUUGGUUUAGCAUUAAUGUCUAUGUGUAUCAAUGUAGUGCAAGAGAAAUUGAGUGAUACCUUUAAAUCUGCAUCUGCCAAAAUAGGUGCUUCCCUUGGAGUAACAAUGGCUGCUGAAGAUGGUAGUAUUAUAACAGUUCCACCUGAUCCUGUUGAAAUGCCGUCGAUACAUGAGAAUACUGUAGAUAAAAAUAUUUCUGACGAAGUUAACGACCAAGAGAAUAGAAAUAAAACGGAUUUGGAGCAGACAGAAAAGAGCUAGGGUGCAAAAUAUAUGGAAAUUUUUAUCGUUAUUUUUCUGAAUUAUUCAAAUUUGUCCUAUCUGUCCUUCCCCAUAUUUGGCCAAUACAUCCGAAGAAUGAUAUAGAAAUCUUUGAAAUUUAUUCCAAAUAACUUGCAUUACGAAAAUUGGAUGCAAAAAAAUCAGGAAUGUGCGAAGAACAUUUAGGUAUAUGGGAACACAGCAAUCGAAUUUUCCUGGAUGAAAGAAAAUCACCUGAAAAAUUCAAGAAAUUAUGAAGAAAAUAGUUGAAUAGAUAUGAGUUUAGAUGAAUUUUAAUCGAUUUUUUUUUUCACCGAUACACGAUGGUCGAAUUUCAACAUAUAUAUGUUCUAACCGAAAAGAAUAUGGAAUAUAUACAUACCUAUAUU